GAGCAUUCAGUGAGCCGCGCUCAUUCUUAGGCGAGACUGCUGUAUGGUAAUCCAGCGAACGAUAUAUACGCAACGAUUAAGAGCGAUCAUUCGCGAGAGCAGUGCUUUAGUAAAUUACAAGCGAGUAUUCUCGUUUUAAGUGGCGUUUAGUGUUCGAAGAGACAAGUGUGACCGAAGGAGCGAAAAUCAUGGCUGACAGUGGUAUCAAGCGUAAUGUUCCCAUCAAGCUCGGUGAUUUCAGCGUGAUCGACACUGAAUUCGCCAACAUCCGAGAACGCUUCGACGCCGAGAUGAGGAAGAUGGAGGAUGAGAUGUCACGGUUCCGGAGCGAGUUGAUGAAUCGCGAGAGCAACAACUUCUUCAAGAGUACCACCAGUCGACAUCACACGAGCAGCAGCGAACACCGAACCUCGACGACCUCGAAGACCGGAGGUUGGGACAAGGUCGACCCUGUAGCACCGCCAAAGCGGUCAGCAUUCGACAGCUUCAAAAGCACGACGACGCAGAGUACUCAGCAGAACAGCAGUUCUCUGAGCCCUCAACAGGAUUCGGCGUGGCUCGAUGGCCUAAACAGCCCCCUCAUCCAGGACGAAGGCGAUGGCAAAAUGCUCAAGCUUCGAUUCGACGUCUCCCAGUACACGCCGGAGGAGAUCGUUGUCAAGACCGUGGAUAACAAGCUGCUGGUCCACGCGAAACAUGAGGAGAAGACGGAGAGCAAAUCGGUGUACCGGGAGUACAAUCGGGAGUUCCUGUUGCCAAAGGGCACCAACCCGGAAAGCAUCAAAUCCUCGCUGAGCAAGGAUGGUGUCCUCACCGUUGAAGCCCCGCUUCCGGCGAUCGGUACUGGCGAAAAACUGAUCCCGAUCGCGCAGCAGUAAAGCACAAAUCAAUCGACGAAUACACGAUCUAAUGCGAAACCCUAAUAAAGAGAAGGGAAUCCCGUAAUUCGUGUUUCGUAGGUCAGAUCGCUCCUUUCCUGCCCCUCCAUCAAUUCUCUCUAAUUUCAUUUCCUUCCUCUUCUGUUCUUUUCACCUUUCGUUCCUUCCCAACUUAUUUCGCUGUGAACUUACGUUUUUUCCUGGCUCAGUCCCUUCGCAAUUAGUUUACAAAUUUUUAUUUUUGUAAUUGCUUUCUCUAAGGAAGUAAUUGAAUAUUUACGCUCAGUUUUUUUUUUACAUCCUAAUGAGGAAAUGAGGUCUGGAUUAAGAAGAAGUAAGAGUAUCAAACUCUUGAAGAAAAUCUUAAUUCACGGCUAGUACGUAAAAAUGAAGUUCGCAGCGAAACACGCUUACGAAGUGCAUUCAACGAGCGAGUUCUCGCGCGGGAAUUCGGAGUUUAUAGUUUUUCGAGCGAAACUCGAGCCUCCAUAAGGUAUGUACAAGAUGUUAGAAAGUACAGAAAUUAUUCUUUCCUUUCAAAAGAAGAGAAAAACAUGAUAUUGUCAAAAAAAAGGAACUGUGAACAAGUCUACCAACAAUGUAUAGUUUAUAAUUUUGUACGUAUCCUUCGACGAAAGUUCAAAUUCUUCGACCAGUUUAUCAAAAUCAAGUUUAUUACAAAUACAAGUUAACAAAGUGCAAUCUGUGAAACGAUAAUCAAAUAACGAGAAAGAAAAAAAGACGAGCCGCUUGUCUGGAGGUUGUAGAACUAACGCCUAAUUUUGUAAUAAACAAAAACAAGAUUACUGUAUAGGUGUUUGAUACGCAGUGUUUCUUCUUUCGAUCUGCUUUUUGCCGCUUUGAUAUACACUUACGUGUGUUUUUACGAUCGUUGUCGACCGAUGGUAGGUGAUGAUAGAUGAAUUACGACCAAUGAGUGAAAAAUUAUAUAAAUAUUAUAUAUAAUAUUGGUGGUAAUGUUUAAAGCAAAUCGACGCAUGGACGCUGUAACGAUAGAUGUUUGAUAAAUUAUUAUUAUUUGGUACCUAACAGCUUUUUUCGACAUUACUUUUUUUGGAAGUAACACGAACGAAUUAUUUUCUAAAAAAAAGAAAAAACACGCAUUGCCUUUGACAAAAAUGAAAAUUUGAUUUGGUUGAAAUAAAUCAGAAGCAAAGAACUUGUGCACCACGGGGUAUUCAGGAGGAAGAGGAAAAUAAAAUUUGAUGCGCGAAGUCGGAAGCGAUCUUCUUAAAUAAAACGAGAACUUAUGUAUGUGUUAGUUUUUAGGUGUACUACAUUAAAAGACUAUAACACAAGGUUGCUUAGAGUAUGUUAAGCAUUGUAACGAAUAAUUAUUAUUUAUGAAUAUUUUACUAUUGUCAAGAUACGUAUGUUUAAAAAGGUAAUGCGAACAAUGUGAAAGUUUAAAAUAAAAACUAUCUUUAAACAGAA